AUGCGGGUGAAUAAGAUUCGGAUUUACUUUUUCAGAGUGUUGUUGAUGAAGAGUGCCACCAAUGUGCCAAGAAUAGAGCUUCUCGAAAUGGGUCCAUCCAUUGAUUUCAAAGUAGACCGAACGAAACUUGCCAGUGACAGUCUAUACAAGGCCGCAUGUAAGAAACCGAAGGCACUAAUGUCCAAGCGUCGAAAGAACAUGUCGGAAGAUGUGUUCGGUAAUCAGCUUGCUCGUGUUCAUAUUGGUAAACAGAAUACCGACGCAAUCCAAACAAGGUAUGCUGUCCUAAAAGUCAAAGCCCUCAAAAAAUCAAAAGACCAGCCGUCAUCAUCACAGAUGGUCGACAUGGAAGACGACUCAGGACAGGGAUCCGAUGAUGAUGGUGAUUACGAAAAUGGCGUAGAAGAGGACAUGGAAGAAUGA